AUGCAGGUCAAUGCCCCAGGUGAGGACCAAUCAUGGGACUUGGAACGGUUCAAAAAUAAUUUAUCCGUAAAGGUUCAACGACUAUCAAAUAGAUCAAUAGAAUUCGAUUUGGUCAGAGUCGAUGCAUCAAUAGCGAAUUCCCUACGCCGAAUCAUGAUCGCAGAGGUACCAACGAUUUGCAUAGAACAUGUCUACAUCUGGGACAAUACCUCUGUCAUUGCGGAUGAAGUCCUCUCACAUAGGAUAGGGCUUGUUCCAUUAAAUGUUGACCCAGCGAACAUAACCCACUUUCACUCAACAGGGAAUGACGCGACGGAUCGCAACACUGUAGUGUUUAAACUGGAUGUCUCAUGUCAGCGACGUCCUGACGCGCCGAAUUACGACGGCAAAGGAGAGCCACCCAAGGACUCCGAACUGUAUAUCAAUCACGAAGUAUUGUCAAAAGAUUUGGUUUGGCAACCACAAGGAGAGCAACUCAAUGUCUUUAUCAACAAUCCCCCUGCAGCCACGAACGGUAACAUCGUCCUGGCAAAGUUGCGCCCCGGUCAAAGCAUAAAAAUAGAAAUGCACGCAGUGAAGGGCCUUGGUAGUGACCACGCGAAGUUUAGCCCUGUCGCAACGGCUUCGUAUCGUAUUCUCCCUUCGAUCAAACUCAAUCCAGAAAAGUCUAUCCCUCCCCAUUUGACCACCAAAUUCCAACAGUGCUUUGCUCCUGGAGUCAUACGCGUCGAUCCCGCGACGAAAGCUGUCAGUGUGGCUGACCCACGUAAAGAUACCGUUUCCCGAGAAGUGCUCAGGCAUCCAGAAUUCGCUGGUUGUGUGGAGCUGGGAAGGGUUAGAGACCAUUUCAUCUUCAAUGUCGAAUCCGAGGGUCCUUAUGUACCAGAGCGCUUGCUCCCAGAAGCGAUUAGCGUUCUGCGGACUAAAAUUGCUACACUGCGUCAAGCAGCUGAGCUACUACUCAACGGAGGGGAGGCUUCAGAUGCGGAAAUGGAUGUAAGUUAG